AUGCGCGUCGUGUCCAAGGUCGUCGACACUGACGGCUUUGCGCACGCGAGCUUGCACUCUACGAAGGCGCAGACGCGAUUCUUGGCGCUCAUGAGCAACCAUCGGAGCGAUAGCGAUAGCGAGUCGCUCCAAUCCAAGUGCUCGAAGAAGAAGAAGAAGAAGCCACUGACCACCGACUCGCAGCAGGCGAAGACACGUCCAACGCCAGCAUCGAGCUGUGACGUGCACACACGCGAAGCGCUGCGUCAAGAAGAGCUGCAUCAAGAAGAGCUGCGUCCGGAAGAACUGCGCCGCGAAGAGCAAGAGGAGGACGCCGAGCGCCAGAUGGCAACUGAACGAGACGACGACGAGAACGCCUUGCAGCGCAAUGGUGCCCUAUUGGCGCCGCCUGACCACGCAUUGCUCGCCAAUUUUGCCAACGACGACGCUGAGACGGCCUCGGAGGACAUUGAUGCGGUCGUUCAGCCCGCACCAGAGAAGCGCAAGACGACUCGCAAGGCUCCCAACGACGACGAGCAUGCGAAGAUGUUUCAACUCAUGCUCCACGAGCUGCGCGACGAGCGACAAGAGCGCAUGGAGCUGGCCCGUACUAUGGAACACGAACGUAUGAUGCUGGCGCUGCAAUCCCUCGCCAAAAUCAUCGAGGCGAGGUCCAAUGUAAACAAUGUCUGA